AUGUACCAGGAGAAUACUAAGACAAAAACUAAGGACACGGAAUUGCUUCCUUCUCUUCGGGCCAGUCUGAAAAAUACUGCUGCAGUCAGCACUGCUCCUUUCUCGUCUUCUUCCCGCCUCUCAGAAGUGGCUUCUUCGCGGCUGCCUACCCCGAAAAACCUGUCUUGUGAUUCGCUUAGUCGACCUUCUCGAAAACACUCUCAACAGCAACAUGUGCAUCCUUAUCUUGAGCCUUCUAGAUUACUUUCUCCUCUCAUCUCUCCUCAUAGCGAGCUUGGAAUUCAACACAAUAUGACAUCUUCAAGGCCUGACUCGCAGGACCAUCAAGAUUCCAUAAGCACAAUCAUAACCUCUAAAUCUACUAUCAUUGACAAUGAGAUUACUCAUCCUAGUGCUACUAUUGAUACUUCCGCUUCGUCCACCCUGAUACAAGCGGCAUGUCAAGGAAACGAUUCGAUUGUUGAUGAGUCUUUUUCGAACUCUCCCAUUCCGUGCUCAAUCGGCGCUAGUCUCAAUGGCGGAUUUGGCACUGCUUCCGGGACGGAUUCAACCAGAAUGGCGCAGGCAAGCACUCCCGUAUUUCGCGGAGAUUCAUUAGAACUUCGCUCUUCCCUGAAAAAGGAAGAUGAGAUGAUUUUGGAAGUGGGCCACUACUGUCCGCGCCGGCACUUCGCCCAACAUCACGAUGUGCCGGUACUCAAGUCGACUUGGCGCCGUCUCUGGGCUGUCCUCACUGUCAUGGAAGACUGGACAGCAGGAUUCAUAAUCUACUUCGAGGCCGCUUGCCCCAAUGCAGUUCGUAGAGAACAGUUUCACUCACGGCAGUGCCAGAUUCAAUGCCUUUUUCGCUUGCCGACCAAUCCACUCUCUUGUACGGCUUCUCUCAACUCUACUGCUACCGCUAAUCCGGGUCCAAUAGCUGCCCGGCAACCAUUCACCGUUGGAGCCACCCGCACUACACCAUUUAUUUCUAACGUUAGCAAGUGUCGCCAUGCAAACCACCCAAAACCGGACCUUCUUGAGGCGGGUGCAGUUUGUUUCUCGAUGCAGCACCUAAAUUCACAUAGCCGUUCUCCCUCCUCCUGCCCCACACUUAAGGCAUGCUCUUUAGCAAGAACUGAAGCUUCGGUGGUCCAAGGAUCCAUUGGUGAAGUCGUUGGUUCUAGUACCGUUCAACCGUUUUCCUUUUCUUGUUCCUCUUCGCCUUCUUCGCUGUCUCGUCCACACGAACUCGGAUUCGGCUUUCGAACCAACGGCCCAAUUCACAUUCCUUUAGCCAAACCAUCUCUGUACUCUAGCGAUCCUGACGCACUACCCUCUUGCCUAUCUCACACGACCGUCCAAACUACCCCAUCCGGACACGAUGAUGGCGUUGAUGGCCUGCUUGGGUUCUAUCUCUCAUCCGCUUGCGCUGUUGAUCCCACGCUUGAGGAUAGUCUGAUCCGAGCUCCAGCUGAUGCGAUAAACAGCCUCUUGCUGACUGAUCCUGAUCUUGGAAAGACGUAUCGAAUCCGACCCGUCCAGCUGGCUAGACCAGAGGGAAAAGGCAGUGCCGAAUCUCGAAGGCGCUUCUUUUGGUCGCAUACUUUGGGUCGGAGGGCGCAUCUCAGUCCCCUAAUUCCACAUGCUGGCAUUCCUUCUUUAGCAGUCUCUGAUGCUGUUCCGACAGUGGAGCUAAAUCCGGCAGAGGUGACACAAAUUGCUCCAAGAGAUGGCCAUGUGGCUGACUCUUCUGGAUAUGAAGAACAAGAUGUUGCGGUUUCUGGUAUGGUCGCAGUCUCCUCGCAACUUGGUCUUGUGGUCAGGGAGACUAUGUAG